CUGAAUUUAUUCUUUAAAAAAAUAAAAAAUAAAAUCUGAAUUUAUAAAUAGAGCAUCUCGCCCAAUUGCAUCAUUGGAAAGUAAGCUUAUAGUGUUCAAUUCAUGGCUUCAUCUUCUUCUCAACCGGAAGGUGGUUUAUCGGAAGAAGAUUACGACUUAAUCCAUGGCUCUCAAUCUGGUUGGGUCGAUGCUCGAACUUCGUGUCAUCAUCUCCACUCCUUAUCAAAUGAUCUUACCCACAUUCCAACCCCUGACACUCCCUGCAACAGGUGCCAACACCCGAGUGAAAACUGGUUGUGUUUAUCGUGUAAGGACGUGCUCUGUGGCCGUUUUGUGAACAGGCAUAUGCUCCAGCAUUUUCGUGAAACUAAUCAUAGUGUGGCCCUCAGUUUCAGUGAUCUGUCAGUAUGGUGCUUCUCCUGUGAUGCUUAUUUGGAUGCUCAAGUUAUUCAGCAAUUGCGACCUGUUCAUGAAGUGGCCUAUAUAUUGAAAUUUGAUGAACCUCCACCAGUUGUAGCAAGCUGAAGCCUGAAGGAAAUUUGAAAUUACAACUUUUAGAAAGUGGAAAUAUAGGUCUAAUGCUGAACAUGGAUUACUACUACCUGUUUCACUCCCUCUUUGCCCAAUGUAUGUGUUUCAGAUGUUUGGAAAUGACAACUCGAUUCUCUAGAUACUAAUGAACAAGAAAAAAAGAGUUAAGAAAACACAUGAAGUGGGACAUAAGUGGUUGUCAUGGCUGCUAUGACCGAACAUAAAAAGACACUAGAGAUAAAAUGAUAGAUGAAAGAGGAUGGAUGCAGCAAUGCAGAUGGAAGACGAAACACUUUGAUAACAUGAAUUGUUUAAUGAAACUAGUGUUGGGAAGGAACAACUCCACUACUUUGUGAAAAAACAAUAACACUUUGGACAUUGGAUUUGACUCAUCUAAAACAAGUAAUUAGUAAAGUGAGAAAACAAGGGACGGAGAAGUUAUCAAUUCUCAUGAAAAGAGUAGUUAGACAUUAUUCCCAGCCUAUCAAGCGGGCAUGACAUUUAUCAUGUUAUCGUUAUUGAAUAAAAUAGAAUCUUUACAUAAUAAUUUACCCUAUCGAGUCUGUACAUAAGAAUUUUCCCACUUAAACUGGUGUUAUUUUGUAAUCUUUCGUUAUUCACAUGUGUAAGUAUCUGUAAUAAUUACUUUUUGAAUGAAUACUUGCCAAUGCCACUUCA